GUUUUAGCUGUGCUAUGAGGAGGAUGGCAGGAGGAGCUCUCUGAACACAGUAAAUGGUGCAGCGGUGCAGGAUCUAGUAUGGUAACUGGAAGAGAAAUGAACGGAUCUGGGAAUUUAAUGGACUUUCUAGAAGAAUCGGUUCCUGAAGUUGGGACAUAUGAAGACUUUCACACUAUCGACUGGUUGAGAGAAAAGUCCCGUGAUACUGACAGGCACAGGAAGAUAACAAGCAGGAGUAAAGAAUCUGCCUGGGAAUGUAUCAAAGGUUUGCUGGACGCAUGGUCAGGAUGGGUGGUGAUGCUGUUCAUUGGAUUACUGGCAGGCACAUUAGCUGGUGUGAUUGAUCUAGCAGUCGACUGGAUGACUGAUCUGAAGGAGGGGGUCUGUCUGGCUGGAUUCUGGUUCAGUCAUGAACAAUGCUGCUGGACAUCAAAUGAAACGACCUUUGAGGACAGGGACAAAUGCCCUCAGUGGAAGAAAUGGUCAGAGCUUUUAACCAGUCAAUCAGAAGGUGCAAGUGCGUACAUUCUGAACUAUUUGAUAUAUGUCCUAUGGGCCUUGACCUUUGCUUUCCUGGCCGUCUCACUGGUCAGAGUCUUUGCUCCUUAUGCUUGCGGGUCUGGAAUUCCUGAGAUUAAGACAAUCCUUAGUGGCUUCAUUAUUAGGGGCUACCUGGGCAAAUGGACAUUAUUGGUUAAGACGGUGACUCUGGUGUUAGCUGUGUCCUCUGGCCUAAGCCUCGGGAAGGAAGGACCCCUGGUUCAUGUGGCAUGUUGCUGCGGCAAUUUAUUCUGCUGCCUGUUUUCAAAAUACAGCAAAAAUGAAGGGAAGAGAAGAGAGGUGCUGUCAGCAGCUGCUGCUGCAGGAGUCUCCGUUGCUUUUGGAGCUCCAAUCGGUGGAGUGCUGUUCAGCUUGGAAGAGGUCAGUUACUAUUUCCCCUUAAAGACACUCUGGAGAUCUUUUUUCGCUGCCUUGGUGGCUGCUUUUACUCUUCGCUCGAUCAAUCCAUUUGGUAACAGUCGGCUGGUGCUGUUCUAUGUUGAGUAUCACACACCUUGGUACAUGGCUGAGCUGUUCCCAUUCAUCCUGCUUGGAGUUUUUGGAGGCCUAUGGGGGACUCUUUUUAUCCGAGGGAAUAUCGGCUGGUGCAGGAAACGCAAGAACACAAAGCUGGGCAAGUACCCGAUCCUGGAAGUUAUAUGUGUUACAGCGAUCACAGCCAUCAUCGCCUUUCCUAACCAAUACACAAGACGGAGCACGAGUGAAUUAAUCUCUGAGCUUUUCAAUGACUGUGGAGCACUGGAAUCAUCCCAGCUUUGUGAUUACAUCAAUGAUCCCAACAUGACGAGAGCAGUCGAUGAUAUACCUGACAGACCAGCAGGUCCUGGAGUCUACGCAGCAAUAUGGCAGCUCGCUCUAGCUCUUGUUUUCAAAAUCUUUAUCACUAUUUUUACUUUUGGCAUGAAGAUCCCAUCAGGAUUAUUCAUUCCAAGUAUGGCUGUUGGGGCUAUAGCUGGGAGAAUGGUUGGGAUAGGUGUGGAACAAAUGGCCUAUCACCACCACGAUUGGUUCAUCUUCAGGAGCUGGUGUAGGCCAGGAGCUGACUGUGUGACACCAGGGCUGUACGCAAUGGUUGGUGCUGCUGCAUGCCUGGGCGGGGUUACUCGAAUGACUGUCUCUCUGGUUGUCAUCAUGUUCGAGCUGACUGGUGGUUUGGAAUACAUCGUACCUUUAAUGGCUGCAGCAGUCACUAGCAAAUGGGUAGCAGAUGCCUUUGGGAAAGUGGGUAUUUACGAGGCACACAUACACCUGAAUGGCUAUCCCUUCCUGGAUGCAAAGGACGAGUUCACACACAGGACGCUGGCAACAGACGUCAUGAGGCCUAGACGCACUGAGCCUCCUCUGUCAGUUUUAACCCAAGGCAGUAUGACUGUGGAGGACAUAGAAACACUUAUCAAAGAAACCGACUACAAUGGAUUCCCCGUGGUCGUGUCUCGAGAAUCUGAACGUCUGAUUGGAUUUGUCUUGAGGAGGGAUCUCAUUCUUGCAAUAAAAAAUGCAAGGAAGAGGCAAGAUGGAGUGGUGAGCAAUUCAAUUGUGUAUUUAACUGAAGAUCCCCCACAGCUGCCUCCCAAUAGCCCCUGUCCACUGAAACUGCGCAGGAUUCUGAACCUGAGCCCCUUCACAGUGACUGAUCACACGCCCAUGGAGACAGUGGUGGACAUCUUUCGAAAACUUGGCCUUCGACAGUGUCUGGUUACCCACAGUGGGCGGCUCCUUGGUAUCUUAACUAAAAAAGAUGUACUGAGGCACAUGGCUCAAAUGGCAAACCAGGACCCUGAAUCAAUUAUGUUCAAUUAACUUUCAGCCUUAUCUAGAGGGUAAGGGUUAACGAGGACACUGGGCACGACUGAGGUCUUCUGCAGUGACAUCCUUCAAGCGGGCACUGAAUCACAGGAUCAAGAAUAUACUGAUUCAAAAUACAGGUUGCUACAUUUUGUCUUGUUUAAUAAAUAAGCAAUCCACGAUACAGUGAGUUAAACUGAGGAUCGCCUAGGGCAAAUAACCACUGAUUAUCUUCUCCUUUCAGGAGCCUGAAGCAGCAAGCGAAAGGUCAAAUGCCCUUUCUCUUGAAAAGCCAGACAAUUCAGUCCAAGAUGCAUCUUAUAUAAAUGCCCAAAAUUUCCAUCUCUGUUUCUAAAGUUUGUUGACUGGGGAUAACCCAAUAGAAUGAGUAUCAGUAGGUUGCAUGUUGAUACAGUUAUUAACCAAUGAUGUAUCAUGUUGAUCCCCCAAAAUAACACCCUGGGUAUAAAACUAAGAGUCUGUUGGUGACAGAUUCUAGAGUAUAGAAAAUACAUGUAUGGUGCAUUAGUGUUCCCAUGUAAAUGAUGUAACAUUACAUGGUUACACCAACAUCUGUCACAAUAAUUAGAACAUUUAAAAGAACAACAGCCGUGAACAGAACGUCUAAUUCUACAUGUUUGAUCUUUGAUGUGUUUUAUUAAUACAAUACAGUAGGCCUCAAUUCCAAUUAAUUCUGAUAAAGUCAAACACGUCUCUCGGUUUAAAGCCAAUCUCUUUCAUUGUAAUUUAAAAUAACAUGGCUGCAUUCAUGUGAAAUUAGUUCAAGUCCAGUGAUCAAAGUCUUUUUUAUUUUAAGGGCGGCUUUGCAGUGUGUUCUGUUGGUAUUGUUCCUAGCAAAUAGUUCAGAAUGGAAAUGGGUUAUUAACAUUUAAAUUAAAUUAACAGAACAACCAGUUUUGCAAUGACGGAUUAUUUUUUAUCCCAGGAAUAACUGUUCUGAUAAUUUUCACAUUGAAUUGGUUCUGAAACUGCUUAUCUUUUACCUGCAGUUUUUUUGAACUAAAAAGGGAUCUAAAGAGAGAGCAUCAAAAACGAGUGAGCACAUAUCAAUUUAAUGUCAAGAACAUAACUGCUAUAAAUGUA